AUGUGCGUGACACUUGUAAGUCCAACUGUGCUGCGGCCGCAGAGUAUACGGCACAAGCCGGCGAUGGCUUCUUCAUCUCGCGAGGACGGGCCACGGGAAGACGCGUCCGCAGCGGCGCCGACGUACGCCGGGAUGGCUGACCUGGUGCCGGCGCUUCCGCAGGAGACGCGGUGCCCGCCGUUCGCGCUGCGCCAAUACAGUGGCUUCUGGCUGCCGGAGGCGGUGCUGCUGCGCGGCAUCCCGGCGCUGCACGCCGGCUUCGCGCCGAGGCCCGACGACGUCCUCGUCGCCAGCUUCCCCAAGUCCGGCACAACCUGGCUCAAGGCCCUCGCGUUCGCCAUCGCCCACCGCGCCGCGCACCCGCCGUCAUCCGGCGACCACCCGCUCCGCCGCAGCAACCCGCACGACCUGGUCCGGUUCCUCGAGGUCGGCGUCUCGCUCGCGGGCAGGACCGACGACGGCAUGGACGCCGCCACGGCCGAGCUCGAGGCGCUCCCGUCCCCGCGCGUGCUCGCCACGCACCUCCCCUACUCCCUCCUCCCUCCGCGCGUCAUCGCCGCCAACCGGAUCGUGUACGCCUGCAGGGACCCCAAGGACGUGCUGGUCUCGUCGUGGCUCUUCACCAGGCGCGCGUCGGCGAGCGUCGGAGUUGACACCGAGUGCUUCUCGCUCUCGGAGGCGCUUGAGCUCUUCCGGGAGGGGCGGUGCUUCUACGGCCCGCAGUGGCGGCACGUGCUCGAGUACUGGGAGGCGAGCCGCCGCACCACGAGUGUCGCCGUUGCUGCCAAUGUGUUGUUCCUCACGUACGAGGAGAUGCUGCGUGACCCCGCGGAGAACCUGAGGACGAUGGCGGAGUUCAUGGGCUGCGCCUUCUCCGAGGAAGAGGUGGCUGGACGGGUGGUGGAUCAGAUCGUGGAACUGUGUAGCCUGGAGAAGCUCAAGAACAUGGAGGCCAACAGGAGCGGGCGGCGGAACGCGUCGGGCAUCAGGAGCGACGCUUUCUUCCGGAAGGGAGUGGCCGGAGACUGGAGCAGCCACAUGUCGCCGGAGAUGGGGAAGAUGGUGGACCAGGCCAUGGAGGACGCUCUUCGGGGCUCUGGAUUUAGCUUUUCCCAGCUCAUCAACUCCGACGAGCCACGUCUGGGCACGGGUGGUAGUAAGUGA